AUGCCGCUGUCCAGGGUGCAGCAGUCCCUGCAGAGGGAGGCCGGGGGCCGCCGGAGGAGCCUCAGUGCGGUGGCCGUUUCCCAAGAGCAGAUACGGGCAGACCUGGCGACGCUCCGCCAGCAGCUGGCCUGGAUGAACGCCAGCCUAGUCAGCUUGUGCCGGCCCUGCCCCUGGCACUGGGAGCUCUUCCAGGGAAGCUGCUACCUCUUCUCCAGGUCCCAGCGCACCUGGGAAUCUUCCGUGUCCGCCUGUGAGGACAUGAGCGCCCAGCUGGUGGUGGUCAACACUGCUGACGAGCAGAAGUUCCUACAGUCUUGGGAAAUAAGAAAUGAGAAGCGCACCUGGAUCGGCCUCAGUGACCGCCACACUGAGGGAUCGUGGCAAUGGGUGGACGGCACACCUGUGGGUCUCAGCUUCUGGAAACAAGGAGAACCCAACAACCACGGAGACGAGGACUGCGUGGAGCUGUACAAUGACGGCUGGAACGACGGCUUAUGUCAUUUAGAAAAAGCCUGGAUCUGCGAGAUGCCCUCAUCUCCCUGCCCUGUCCCCUGAGGGACACUGUCCCUGCAGCCCCCCCUUCUGCCCCCCUCCAGCUGUGAUUAGGCAACUUGGGCUUGUCCUGCCUGCUGUUCUGGGCCCCACCUUCUUCUGUUUCCUCUUCCUAAACUGAGAUCUUUAGGUCCUGAAAGACCCUGAGACACCCCUCCUCCUGCUCCAUGCCCACCCCACACAGGCUAGAGACACCCCUCUCCUUACUGUGGGCUCAGCCUCCUCUUGUCUCCAGGCCCGACCCCUCCCUUAAAUAAAGUCCCCAUUGCA